GGUGACGUCAGCAACGGGGCGGGACCAGACGAGGUAAAUCAAAGCGUUGGCCUGAGGGAAUGAGACAGAAAGAGGUCCGUCGAACUGUCCGUGCGCUACUCUCGAGCGCGGCAGCCGAGUCCCCAGUGAAUGUCGGAAACCGGCUUUGUGAGUCUUACGGAAUAAAUGUCACAUUUAAAAUAGUCGAGUGCAACAUACAUUAAGAAGUAGUCUGUUGAUCUGCUCGCUGUUCGAGAAAUUCUCUCUCCGGCCGCGUUCCCUCCGGAGGUUAUAUGAACUGGAUCAUCAGGGAGCAAGAGAGGAGGAGAAUUGGAAAUGUGGAAGACAUUUGUCCCCGCGCGCAAGCUGCUGCGUAGCGGGAAGUACCUGUUGCUCGCGCUGCUGCUUUGCUGUGCGCUACUGACUUACCUACAGUUCGCCGCCACCAAUGAUAUGGACACAAUCCAAACCAGUGGCUACAUUGACACACUUGGGAUAAGAGCAAGAAGGGAGCCUCUAAGAGUGUGGCAUGUGGAUGCAGAGUCAGACGAAUCCUGGAAAACACACACUUCUCCAACAUGGAGUUCAGAGUAUCAGGGCCAGGCCAACCUGCACAUCUUUGAAGACUGGUGUGGAAGCUCAGUCCAGCAGCUCAGAAAAAACCUCCAUUACCCACUCUAUCCUCAUUCCCGCUCCACCAUAAGCAAGCUGGCCAUUGCUCCCAAGUGGACAAACUAUGGCUUGCGGAUCUUUGGCUACCUCCACCCAUACACAGAUGGUGAGUUUGUGUUUGCUGUAGGUUCUGAUGAUAAUUGUGAAUUCUGGCUGAGUUCUGAUGAGUCUCCAAACAAUAUACAAGUACUAGCCGCAGUCGGGAAGACAGGCAAAGAAUGGUCGGCCCCAGGGGAAUUUGGAAAAUAUGCCUGUCAAAUGUCAGAGCCAGUCCCACUUCUAAUGAAGCAGAGGUACUUUUUUGAACUCAUCCACAAGCAGGAUGACAAGGGGACAGAUCACGUGGAAGUUGCGUGGCGACUGAAUAAGGCUGACUUGGAGUUUGCAGUUGUUGACUCCCAACACAUCUCCCUCUACACCAAUGAAUCAUCUCUGAAGAUGAGUGAUGUGGCUCACAUUCCUCAGACCAUGGCCAGUCAUGUAACCCCACCCUCUAAGAGACCUCAGGCCACGCCCCACGGAGCGGACAUGCUGCAAGAGGAUCCCAGAGACACAUUCUACCAACUUCCACUGAUAAAUCCUUUAGACCUGAAGAACAUCCUGCCGGACUGUCCCUACAAUCCUAGUUACACCAUUAAAGAUUUCCCUCUCUCCCGCUAUCAGGGCCUGCAGUUUGUUUAUCUCUCUUAUGUCUACCCCAAUGAUUACACACGGCUCACACACAUGGAGGAAGACAACAAAUGCUUCUACAAGUCAGUGUAUCAUCCCAGACUGGGCUUCGCGUGGAACAUGAAUCUGGAUGGUGUCGACCGUGACAGUGACCUCAAACAUUCAGAGCUGGAUUGGGGGGAGUCGCGUGCCAGAGAGAUAGACAGAGAGAUUAACGGAAAUGAGAUCCCUGAUUAUGGAGAUGAUUACGAUGACUAUGCCCACCAUCGCCAGCGUAAGCUCUUCAGUCUCAACAGGAAGAACAUUCCACCUUUAGAACACCAGGUCCCAGCAGGCCAGCUAGAGAACCUGCCAAAAAAUAAAUCAUCCAGACCUCGAGGGAACCCAGCAAGCCAGCCAAAGAAACCACCAGAACAUUCAAAGAACAUCUCUAAAGAGGGGCAGAAUCUGGAUGGAGAGGGGAAUAACCAACUCAGGAAACCACAGAACUCAAUUGAGAACCAACAAGGGAAUGAGCAUCCAGUACCGGAGCAGGAACCAGUUCCAUAUCCACCCAAAUAUGUGCCUCUCCCAAUCAGAGAAGAGCAGAAUCCACCCAAAGACCCUCACCUUCCAAUCAAAGCAGACCGGAAUCUACUCAAAGAGGGUCAACUUCCAAUCAGAGGAGCACAGGAUCCACCCAAAGCUGCUCAUAAUCCAAUCAGAGGAGAUCAGAAUCCACCCAAAGAGGCUCAUCAUCCAAUCAGAGGAGCACAGGAUCCAUCCGAAGAGGCUCAUCUACCAAUCAGAGGAACACAGGAUCCACCUAAAGAGGCUUAUCAUCCAAUCAGAGGAGAUCGGAAUCCACCCAAAGAGGGUCAUAUUCCAGUAAGAGGACCCCAGGAUCAACUCAAUCAGAAACAGGAAGUGGACGAGGACUCCAACAGAGCAUUACCAAAAACAGACCUCAGAGACAAGCAGGACUGGCAGGACAAACUGGACCGGAACCAAAACAAGCUUUAUGUGGAAACAGCACGCAAAGACAAGUUGUCUUUGAUUGAUGGAGAGAUAGCCAAUGACAUUAAUAAACACAGCAAGCAGAUUCAGCUCCAGGCAGCUCCUCCCCCACUAGUAGCUGGCAACAGUGUCCAUGGCAAGGAGGAAGAGGCGGAGCCAGAGGAGGGCGAUGCGCCUGACGGAAAUGGAACCAAUGAGGAGUAUGACGACACUGAUCAGUGGCAGAAAUGGGAUGAUUGGGAAGAGCAGGUGCCCUAUGACCCGGAAGUGAACUGGGCACAGACGUUCCAGCUGAAUCCUAUGGAUCUUCACAAGAUACGCAGUGACUGGAUAGACCUGAACUGCAAUGUGUCGGGAAACCUGCUUCUCAGCCAACCAGACGCGCUGCGUGCCGUUCAGGCCUUUAUGGAGAAACUCAACAGGAAAACCCAGAAGCAGUACACUCUUGUGCAGGUGGUGAAUGUUGAGAAGCGUGUGGAUGUCAUGCACGGCAGCCGUUACCUGCUGGAACUGGAGCUCUUGGAUGCCAAGGGGCAUCAGGUGCGAGUGUCACAAUAUGUCUACCUUCUCCCCGGUCGCCAAGGAUACAUCCAUGGUAGCCAAGAACCAUUGCUAUGCAACCCAGUUGGCUUCCAGUGGAACCCCAGAGCCACCGUCCAUUUUAUUGUUCCAGUGAAGAACCAGGCUCGUUGGGUGCAGCAGUUCAUAUCUGACAUGGAGGAGUUGUACCAGGCCACGGGGGACCAGAACUUCAACAUCAUCAUCACUGACUACGAGAGCACAGAUAUGGACAUCCUGCAGAGCCUCCAAAAUGCCAGCCUGCCAAGCUAUCAGUAUGUGCGGCUGAAUGGAAACUUUGAGCGAGCUGCCGGACUACAGACUGGAAUAGAACUCAUCAAAGAUGAGCACAGUAUUGUGUUCCUGUGUGAUCUGCAUAUCCAUUUCCCCAUGGGCUUCGUGGACAGCGUGAGGAAACACUGUGUGGAGGGCAAGAUGGCCUUCGCUCCCGUGGUCAUGAGACUCAACUGUGGAGCUACACCUCAGGAACCAGAUGGGUUUUGGGAGGUGAAUGGCUUUGGCUUGUUGGGUAUCUAUAAGUCUGAUCUGAUCGCUGCUGGAGGAAUGAACACUCAUGAGUUUACCAAUCGCUGGGGAGGAGAGGACUGGGAGUUACUGGACAGGAUCCUGCAGUUGGGGCUUGAGGUGGAGCGUCUCCACUUAAGGAACUUCCUGCACCACUACCACUCCAAACGUGGCAUGUGGAACCGACAGAUGCUCAGAAUGCCCACGUAACCAUGGCUACCUGCUCGCCAACAGUCAACAGGGCACUUUAAAUACUCUACCAGCCACAGGCAUUCCAGCAUUGUGAUUGGUUGACCUUCUGUGUCAGGUAUAUACAGUCUCAGGAGCACGAAAGGAUGAGACGAAGGGCUACAUUUCUCUUAUCCUGUCUGGGAUUGAUUAAUAAUCCUGUUGACAUUGCAACUCUGUUUUUUUUUUUUUCUUUUUUUUUUUUUUUUUUUUGGCAAGGAUUUCUACUGAAGAGAGAACUGUGAAGAAUGUGUGUUUAUACAGUCAGUCAGGGCUGUAGGUUGGUGAAGUAUUUGUUUAUUUAUUUAAUAUUUUUUUUUUUACAUUGUUUGUAAGUGACAUGUCUUUGAAUGGAUGGAUUGUCCUCUGGAUUUUAUAUGUGCACCUUCACACACACCCUUUCCUGGCAUUUUGGAGCUUUUAUCUGUGUGUUGCUACAUCAUCCCCACAGGGACAAAAUGGCCUAUUCCUGCAAUAAAACAACAAAAGCAUACUGCACAACAGUAUUUGAGUGUUGCACAAGGAUCUUGUGUCUCUCCAUGUGAGGCCAGAAGACAAGUUGAAGUUGCUAUUCCUGCCAAAGACUGAAGCCAUUGUGAGAAGAUAAUGAUGUGCCUUCCAGCACUAGCAAAGAAGCUGCUGUUCAACAGAUUUCAGCUCCUGAACCAAAGGGGAUAUAUCAUGACAUUUAACUUACAAAGGAGUUAUGACUCUAUAGAUACUCUCUAUCAAGUGUUCUUUGAUGUAUUUUUUUUUUUUUUAAUCAGCUUAAGUCAGUUGUGUCAGUUGAGCGAUACAGCACAAUGAAUAACCAGAGUUGAUAGUAUGCAGCUGGUACUAUACUAACUGGAGAGUCUAUUGUUGAGCAGGCCUGUGUGGAAUGCUACACCAUGAAACUAGUAAAGAUGAUACAUCUUUCAUAACUACAUAUUGAGAUGUUCAAUUUUCAGACGUGGAAAAGAAAAAGGAUAAACUCUUCUGAAUUUGUUGAUGAGCUGGAGACUCCAUGUGUGAAGUAGCCACACACCACUGAAAAAAGUGCCCAAGGCUGUCUGUGGUUGCUGAAGUGAUGUGUAAUCCUAGAGUCGUCUUAUGUCUCAGGUCCCACUGUAAAGGUACUUCAGCCUGCGGUCUAAAGAGAGUGCCCUCCAUAGGCCAUCUUAGUCUCUCUGUCAGUUUUAGGUCUUUCAUCUCUCUCUCUCUCUUUCUCUCUCUCUAUUUCUCUCUCACUCUCUCUCUCUAUUUCUCUCUCUCUCUCUCUUUCUCUCUCUCUAUUUCUCUCUCACUCUCUCUCUCAUGCUCUAACCAAGCAUGACCCCUCUAGACUUUUUGGAAGGUUAAGAAGAGGUUCCCUCUUUGUCCUCACCGCCUGAGGAGACGAAGCACAGGGCAGAUUUAGGAUGUCCUAGCACACUCUGUUCAGGACUCUGUUCAGGUCGCCCUGCCCGACCACAGGAAAAACAUGCUUAAUGAGCUGUUGUGUUGUCUUGUCUGAUGAAAUAACCAAAAAUGUUAUGAAAUGUUUGUGGAACUUCUUAGGCCCAUGUCGGUGUGUGUGUAGACUAUCUGUGAAACCCUAUUGUAGAUAUAUGCGGGUGGAGAUCGCUCAGGUUUGCCUGGUCAGUAUGGAUGGUGUAUGUUUGAAAUAAGUCAUUGCAGUCAUUGGUAUGAAACUGUUAUUUCUGGUAUGAAGGUGUUCCUUUUUCCUCUAUGUAAUGUUUGAAGCUAUGCAGCUAUACAUUCCAGUCCUUUGCACUAUACUGAUAGCCUUGUUGACUCAGGGGUGCCUUAAAGGUCAGACUUUUUAGUUCGGAAAUAAAAGAUAAGUCAAAAGCCUGUUAUAGGCGACUGUGAGAUUAAAUGCUGAAAUUGGGUCUUUUUUUUAAUAAGGCCAGCGCAAUACAGGCACAUAGUCCCUUAAGUUUCACAUCACUGUAGUCUUAAGAGCAGAAAAGAAAGGUGUGAACUUCUGGUAAGUGAAAACUGUGCUUUGAGACUUUGUAAGCUAAAACCUUUUUUCAAUCAAUUUUUAUUUAAGUUUGAGAGGCCUUGUCUUGAAGAAAAGUGCACCAAUGUCUUCAAGGGUGGUUGUUACAAUAAAUUGUUUUUACAUUCUUUACUUUUAAACUUUUGGAGUUUGCAUAAAAGGUGUGAGCAAGAACCACAGAAAUAUUAAACAUUCAACAUUUGUUGAUAAAAUUGUAUUAAUUUUACAGUCUUGAAAUUAAAAUAAACACUGUAGGCCUCCAUAUUCAAUGGAUUGCACAGGUACAAGUACAGUGGAGUUAAAACAUUAGUAAACAUUUCUGUGCCAAUUUUCUUUUUUCAUUAUUGCCAAAAAGCAAUCAAAUCAAAUCAACACAAAACAAUCUUGAAACCGAAAAUUAAACCUAUAAAUUUGA